AUGGCAAGCUGUAACAGCUCCCCGGGUUCUCAAAGAAGCGUCACAAUGGAGGCAUUCACUGAUGAUGAGGACGACGAACAACCGCUGAAAGACAAACAUUGUGUGUCAUACUUGGAAGAAGAUAAAUCUCACGACGAUUUCUUCGUACCACAAAAAUUUCGCGAGAAGUGGAGCAGGGCGGCGUUCGCAGUGUGCGUCGGGUCAUUUUUUGUCACUGUCAUAUUUAGCGUGCUUUCCUUUGAGGCAUCGAACUCCACCGAAAGUUCGUCCAUUUUUACCAGCGCAUUUGACGGAAUUCUUGGAGCUGUUAACUCGUUGAUAGUGGCUUGGAGAUUUCGAGAUGUUCAAAACGGAGAGAAGACGCCUAAACGCGAGAAAAUGGCCACCCUUGGUAUCGCAGUGACCUUUCUAGGGAGUGGCUGCGCGACAGUCGCGGUUGCAAUGCUUCGUCUGAUGGCACACGAUCGGCCUGAAAAACCGGACGAAUUGAUAAUUAUUCUAGCUGCAAGUCUUGUGUGCUAUUCUAACCUUGCGUUACUGCAAAACUGUAUCGCUAAGAAACUCCAAAGUCCAUCUUUACGUGCAUCAGCUGUGGAUUCUUGGCUUGCUGCCGCCAUGUCGCUGGGUGUGUUGUGUUCAACUUUCAUUUACAGGCAGGUUGGAAGGAGUGUAUGGUUUCUGGACCACUCUGUAGCCAUUUUUGUUGGUUUUAUUUCUCUCAUAUAUGGUAUUCAUCUUGUAAUCGAUAUAUCGUUUGGCGGAAAGUUUGCUAAACUCUGUUGA